UCUGCUGUAGUCAAGGAUUGCUUGUUUGCCUCCUCGUCUAUGCUUUCAAUGGCUUUCUGGACAUAUUUGCAUUGAAUGCCUGGGCUUUUAUUUUUUUCCCCACUGAGAACACCCCACGCAAUAAUGGAUAUCUUGUGGAUUUUAUGGAUCGUACCCACGGUUUGGGCUGUAGAAGAGACGUUAAUGGAUUCCACCACAGCAACAGCAGAGCUGGGUUGGACGGUAACUCCUACAUCGGGGUGGGAAGAGGUGAGCGGCUACGAUGAGAACAUGAACACAAUCCGCACCUACCAAGUGUGCAACGUCUUUGAGUCCAACCAGAACAACUGGGUGCGCACCAAGUACAUCAAGAGACGGGGCGCUCAGCGCAUCCACGUGGAGAUGAAGUUCUCGGUGCGGGACUGCAGCAGCAUACCAAACGUCCCAGGCUCCUGCAAGGAGACCUUCAACCUGUACUACUACGAGUCAGACUCAGACUCAGCCAACAAGUUCUCGCCAGCCUGGAUGGAGAACCCUUGGAUCAAGGUGGACACCAUAGCAGCUGACGAGAGCUUCUCUCAGGUAGACCUGGGCGGUCGGGUCAUGAAGAUCAACACUGAGGUCCGCAGCUUUGGCCCGGUCUCCCGGAGCGGAUUCUACCUGGCCUUUCAGGACUACGGGAGCUGCAUGUCCUUGAUUGCUGUCCGGGUUUUUUACCGCAAGUGCCCGCGGAUCAUCACAAAUGGUGCCAUCUUCCAGGAGACCCUCUCAGGGGCCGAGAGCACCUCGUUGGUGGCGGCGCGGGGAGUCUGUGUGCCCAAUGGCGAGGAAGUGGACGUGCCCAUCAAGCUCUACUGCAACGGGGACGGGGAGUGGAUGGUGCCGAUUGGGCGCUGCAUGUGCAAAGCUGGGCAUGAAUCGGUGGAGAACGGGACAAUAUGCAAAGCCUGUCCGUCUGGGUCCUUCAAGCCCACCCAGGGGGAUGACUCCUGCCUGCACUGCCCCAUCAACAGCCGCACCACCUCCGAGGGGGCGACCACCUGCGUCUGCCGCAACGGAUACUACCGCACAGACUCGGACCCCGUGGACAUGCCCUGCACCACAAUCCCUUCAGCUCCACAGAAUGUCAUCUCCAGCGUGAACGAGACCUCCCUGAUGCUGGAGUGGAACCCCCCUCGGGAGACGGGAGGCCGCGAGGACGUGGUCUUCAACAUCAUCUGUAAGAGCUGCGGGGCGGGCCGGGGAUCCUGCACUCGCUGUGGGGACAACGUGCAGUUCGUACCUCGGCAACUGGGCCUCACAGAGCCUCGGGUCUACAUCAGCGACCUGCUGUCCCAUACCCAGUACACCUUUGAGAUCCAGGCAGUCAACGGGGUGUCUGACCAGAGCCCCUACUCACCGCAGUUCUCCGCAGUCAACAUCACCACCAACCAGGCCGAGCGCAAGGAACACUCCAAUGAAAUGCGGACUGAAAGAGCCCCCUCAGCAGUGUCCAUCAUGCACCAGGUCAGUCGCUCAGUGGACAGCAUCACGCUCUCGUGGUCUCAGCCCGACCAGCCAAAUGGAGUCAUCCUGGAUUACGAGCUUCAGUACUAUGAGAAGGAGCAGAGUGAGUACAACUCGUCGGCGAUCAAGAGUCAGACCAACACUGUGGUCAUCCGAGGGCUCAAGCCCGGCACUAUCUAUGUGUUCCAGGUCCGAGCGCGCACAGUGGCAGGUUUCGGGCGCUACAGCGGGAAGAUGUACUUUCAGACCAUGACUGAAGAGGAGUAUAAAACCAGCCUGCAAGAGAAGCUUCCUCUCAUCAUCGGCUCUGCGGCUGCCGGCGUCGUCUUUCUCAUCGCAGUGGUGGUCAUCGUCAUUGUCUGCAACCGGAGGAGGGGCUUUGAGAGAACAGACUCGGAGUACACUGACAAGCUGCAGCACUAUACCAGCGGCCACAUGACUCCAGGAAUGAAGAUCUAUAUCGAUCCAUUUACAUAUGAGGAUCCCAACGAAGCGGUGAGGGAGUUUGCCAAGGAAAUCGACAUCUCCAGCGUGAAGAUCGAGCAGGUCAUCGGAGCAGGUGAGUUUGGAGAGGUAUGCAGUGGCCACCUCAAGCUGCCAGGGAAGCGAGAGAUCUUCGCAGCCAUCAAGACCCUCAAGUCGGGCUACACAGAGAAACAGAGGCGGGACUUCCUGAGCGAGGCCAGCAUCAUGGGCCAGUUUGAUCAUCCCAACGUCAUCCACCUGGAGGGGGUGGUCACCAAGAGCAGUCCAGUCAUGAUUAUCACAGAGUUCAUGGAGAAUGGCUCCCUGGACUCAUUUCUGAGGCAAAAUGACGGUCAAUUCACAGUGAUUCAGCUGGUGGGAAUGCUGCGCGGCAUCGCGGCUGGGAUGAAGUACCUCUCGGACAUGAACUACGUGCACCGUGACCUGGCCGCCCGCAACAUCCUGGUCAACAGCAACCUGGUGUGCAAGGUGUCCGACUUCGGACUGUCACGUUUCCUGGAAGAUGAUACCUCCGACCCCACCUACACUAGCGCUUUGGGCGGUAAGAUCCCCAUCCGAUGGACCGCCCCUGAAGCCAUACAGUACAGGAAGUUCACCUCAGCCAGUGACGUCUGGAGCUACGGCAUUGUCAUGUGGGAAGUGAUGUCCUAUGGAGAGAGGCCGUACUGGGACAUGACCAAUCAGGAUGUGAUCAAUGCAAUAGAGCAGGACUACAGGCUGCCCCCGCCCAUGGACUGUCCCAGCGCCCUGCACCAGCUCAUGCUGGACUGCUGGCAGAAGGAUCGAAACAACCGGCCCAAGUUCGGCCAGAUCGUCAACACACUGGACAAGAUGAUCCGCAACCCCAACAGCCUGAAGGUCAUGACCCCUCUCUCCUCAGGGGUCCAUCUCCCUCUGCUGGACCGCAGCGUCCCAGACUUCUCCAGCUUCAACACCGUGGAUGAGUGGCUGGACGCCAUCAAGAUGGGCCAGUACAAACAGAACUUCGCCAGCGCUGAGUUCACCAGCUUCGACGUGGUGUCACAGAUGACCAUGGACGAUAUUAUGCGAGUGGGAGUGACGCUCGCGGGCCAUCAGAAAAAGAUUUUAAACAGCGUGCAGAUGAUGCGAGCCCAGAUGAACCAAAUCCAGUCGGUUGAGGUUUGACGCUGGAAAGGAGAACCGAACCCCGAGCUCGGACUUCCUAGGAGAUCUGUCUCUCUUUCUCUCUCCUUCCCCUACCCCCCCCCCAUCUCUCUCAUCUGAGACACACCAGAGCCCAAUUUUCCUUGAAUACCAGCACAGAGCUCCAGGAAGACAAAAGCUGAGUCUUUUACUAUGAACUUCUGCAGUUUUUUUGUUGUUGUUGUUGUUUUGGAUUUUUAAAUAA